CGCAACGCUGCAAGGUAAACGCAGCAUUUUUUGGGAAAUGAAUGUCAUUCUGGUGUUCCAAAAUGCUAAAUGCAAAACACUGUCGGUGUGAUCGAAGCUUUACCUCCAUUCUGCUGCGAUUUCAAUUGGGCGCUCGUGGCAUAUCCCUCUCGCGUCCUUUUAAUCCACGAGUCUUGACGGAAAAGCGCAGAGGCGAGGUGCAGGCACACAGCUGCUGGGAUGAAGUAUAUAAUCUAUUGGAAUUAAAACAGUGUGACUGCCGGAUUCAAAUAAAUGGAAUAUGGGGAAAGUCCUUACCUGUUCAUUAUGGGAUUUUGGGGAAUGCCAUGGCCUACAGGAGACAUCUUCUCUCUGAGUGGAUACAGGCAGUAGGUUUUUAGGAUGCGUUCCCUGAGGAAGACAGUGUUGUUGGCCAUUGUGGCAUCAGUGGUGUUGGUGGUGGCCCUCCUCCAUUCUUGGCCCACCAGGGCCUACACCACAGUGGAUGUCCGCCAGAGACCAGGGCCUAUAGUAGAGAGGCACCUGGAGGAGAGGCUCCCAGAACCGGACCAAAGAUCUGCCAACAUCCCCUAUCGCCUGAAGGAGAGUGUUGCAAGUCUGUUGGCACGUAACGGGUGCGUGUGUGAGGGUGAGAGUGGUGGGGUGAACCUGCCCUUUGCCCAGCUAUUGUUCCCACGGGUGUCGGCACACCCCCUGCACACUGCUUUUGAUGCCUCUGAGCUGGAGGAGAUGAAAAGACGGAGGGCCAAGGAGUUCCAGGGCUUCCAGAUGAGGUCUCAGACUCCUGUAGAUAUGCUCAUUGUGGCCGAGGCCAACAAUCCUCUGCAGUACCCAACACAGGGGGUGGAAGUACGGCCGCUCAAAACCAUACUCAUCCCAGGACUUGCCUUACAAGACCUUCCCAGAGAGCUGUACACAGUCAACUUCACCUCCACCCUGGGAGUGUUAAAUGUGGCAGCGGAGGUUGAGGGGGUAAAGGUCAAAGGUGACGGGGAGAUGCACAUGACCCUGAUGAGCAGCCUGCUGCCCAACCUGAACCGGCAGUUACAGUUUGUCUCCUACACCAACACACUAUUCCACCCUAGUACAGCAGACACAGUGCAGUUUGAGACCGAGGGACACCAAGCCAUGUUCACCAUCAAGAUCCGCCAUCGUGUAACUCCAAAACUCUACAACACAGGACCCAAAGGGGAAUACAACAUCAGUGCCCUUGUUACGAUAGCAACCAAAACUUUCCUGCGCUAUGACAAGCUCCAAGAUCUCAUCGACAGCGUGCGACRAUACUAUCCCACUGUCACCAUAGUAAUAGCUGAUGACAGCGAAAACCCCAAGACUGUCUCUGGCCCCUACAUCGAACAUUACAUCAUGCCAUUUGGAAAGGGCUGGUUUGCAGGACGGAACCUAGCUGUUUCCCAGGUGACCACUAAAUAUCUGCUGUGGGUGGAUGAUGACUUCAUCUUCACGGCCAACACCAAGCUGGAGAAACUAGUGGACGUACUGGAGAAGACCACCCUGGAUCUGGUGGGUGGUGCAGUGCGGGAGGCUACAGGCUACACUGCCACCUACAGGCAGACCAUCUCCAUUGAGCCAGGGGAGGAGGAGGAGGGCGACUGUCUGCACAUGCGGAGGGCCUUCCACCACAUCAUACAGGGCUUCCCAAACUGUGUGGUCACUGACGGGGUCAUCAACUUCUUCCUGGCCCGCACAGACAAGGUCCAGCAGGUGGGCUUCGACCCCCGCCUGGCCAGAGUGGCCCACCUGGAGUUUUUCAUCGAUGGCCUUGGCUCACUUCACGUGGGAUCCUGUGAUGAUGUCAUCGUCAAUCACGCCACCAAGAUCAAGCUUCCCUGGGUCAGCCAAUCAGAGAGUGACAAGACUUACGCCAAGUUCCGCUACCCACCAGCAUCCUCGGACGCCACACACACCAAAAACGGCCUCCUCUAUUUUAAGAACCACUUCCAGUGUUUGACUCACAAUUAAAUGUCAUGUUUUUUACCUGUAGCUUCUCCUCUCGUUCAAGAUUCCUGCUCUUCCUGAGUUGCCAAAGAAGCCCUCGCCCGAUGUGUCCCAUCAGAUAAGAUUUUAGACAACCACAUUACAUGCUUCCCCUUAAAAACAGCCUUGCUUGUUUCACUCUAGAGGGAUUGUCAUCCAAACAGAGCAAAGCUGUCAUUUCUCUUAACUUUGCUCUUCACUUGUGUACUCUUGAUUAUAAACUCAAGGUAGAGAGAAUUUUAAGGCAUUUACAGUGCAUUCGGAAAGUAUUCAGCCCCUUUGACAUUUUCCAUAUUUUGUUACGUUACAGCCGUAU